AUGAUAACCAUGAACGAGCUGGUGGAUUUGCGUAUGCAGCAGCACAUUGCGCAUGAGAUUUAUCGCCAACAGAUCAUGCAGCGCAUACCAGAUCCCUUUCCACCUAUGCUACCCAUAGCGAUGCCGCGCCACGUGAUUAUGCCGCCGCGUGUCACGCUGCCUGGCGUAGAGAUGACGCUGCAAAACGAUGAGCUCUGGAAGCAAUUUCAUCAAAUUGGCACGGAAAUGAUUAUCACAAAGAGUGGCAGACGCAUGUUCCCCUCGAUGCGACUGAGCGUUUCAGGCCUUGAGGAGGAGACUAACUACUGCGUCCUUCUCGAAAUGGUACCCAUUGGCGAUUGUCGCUAUAAGUUCUCGGGAUCACAAUGGGUGCCUGCAGGUGGCGCCGAACCGCAGAGUCCACAACGCAUGUACCUACAUCCCGAUAGUCCUGCGACAGGUGCGCACUGGCAGGCCCAACCUAUACUCUUCAAUAAAGUCAAACUGACGAAUAAUACUCUGGAUAAUAGUGGGCAUAUCGUGCUCGCGAGCAUGCACAAAUAUCAGCCGCGUCUGCAUGUCAUACGCACCGCUGAUCUCGCACAGAUACCUUGGGCGCCACAGCAAGCCUUUGUCUUUGCCGAGACAGAGUUCGUGGCCGUGACAGCGUAUCAGAACGAUCGCAUCACAAAGCUGAAGAUCGACAACAAUCCAUUUGCGAAGGGCUUCCGCGAAACGGGUCAAUCGCGUUGCAAACGCAAAAUCGCCAACGAUCCAGAGUCCCACAAUAACAACAACAACAACAACAAUAGCGACAACGAUGGUCCGCAAAUUAAGCGCCUGAGAUCAAAUGGCUCCGCAUGCUCGUUAUCAUCAUCGCUCGACGGCGCUGAGCCUGGCGCCAAUGGCAACGUCAACGUCAGCAGCGGCAGCGGCAACGGCAACAGCAGCAUGCAAAUGCCGCCCAUGGGGCCCGCAGCUUCACCGCCUGGCGGCCACAAUGCCAGCGCCUUUAUGCAGCACAUGCAAACCUUGCUGCGACCUUCGCUCGUCGAUUUUGCCUGCACGUACUUUGGCCGACCAGCCCAUGAGCAUGGGACGCUUUAUCCGAAUGCUGUCGCCGCUGGAACAUUGCCGCAGUCACCAUCUCCAUCCCAUUUGUAUGGGCCACCAUCUAUUUUGCAAGCGGCUUUCCCGGCACUUCCUGCUCUCGGCCUGCCACACAGCAUUUCCGCAGAGCAGACGCAGCUGCUGCAACACUCAGAUGAUUCUACCGCUGAUGAGCUGGAUCCUGCACACCCACACAAUGCCGGAGGUAAAUGGUUGCAACAUGAAAUGAAAAUGUACGAGCCAGUUGGCAUUAUCGGUGGUACGCAGAUCGAAGAUCUCUGCAACUGA